GCUUAGAGCGCCUUUCACGUCGCCACACGUGAAGUCAGCUCAGCACAGGUUUCGAGAGCGAAGGGCAUAGUUUUUGUGUGUUGAUCGGAACGGCAGCGCCUCGAUUUAAUCUGAGCCGGAUAAAAGUAGCAUUUAUCAGAGCCACCCUGAGCAGCAACGGUUUUCAGCUAGGGCACGUCGUACCUGGCUCAUUUUCACUCACAAGCCCAUAUGUCCGGAACACCUUGAGCCACCGCGAUGGCCAACGACUAUUCGAGCGAUGAGGCCGAUGAGUGCCCUUUGUGCAUGGAGCCAUUGGUGCUCGAUGAUUUGCACUUUUACCCGUGUUCUUGUCAGUAUCAGAUCUGCCGCUUCUGUUGGCAUCGAAUUCGCACCGAAGAGAAUGGAUUGUGUCCGGCUUGCCGCAAGCCCUAUGAGGAUGAGCCCGCUGAAUAUAAUCCAGUGUCAAAGGAUGAAUAUGCCAAGCUGCGAGAAGCCAAACGACAGAAAAAAUUGGAGCACAAGCGACAGAUUGUGGAAUCCAGAAAGCAGCUGCGCUCCGUUCGCGUAGUGCAAAAGAAUCUGGUCUAUGUUAUUGGUCUACCGCCCAAACUAGCCGACGAGGCCAUGUUGAAGCGACCAGAUUAUUUUGGCAAAUACGGCAAAAUUCUCAAAAUAGUUGUCAACCGAACUCCGUACUCACAGCAAGGACCACCCAGCUUUAGCGCUUAUGUGACCUUUGCCACGGCCGAAGCGGCAAGUCGUUGCGUUCUCGACAUUGACCGCAACGUUGUGGAUGACCGGAUCAUCCGCGCUUCUUUGGGCACAACCAAGUACUGCAGUAGUUUCUUGCGCGGUCAAGACUGCACAAAUCCUGAUUGCAUGUAUCUUCACGAACUUGGCGACGAGGCCGUCAGCUACACCAAGGAAGACAUGAUUGCUGGGCGCCACACACAGGAUGUCAAUGUGAAUCCCCACCGUGCGCAGUCCGCCAGUCUCAACUCCCCCGGAACUUCGCCUGCACUUCAGGGUGGCCAGCCCACGCUUCCACAGAAUGCUGCCUGGGGCGGUGGUCUUGGAACCCCCGUUCCCUCCACGCCCGGCCCGUCUGAGGAUGCCUUUCCGCCCAUCGAAUCAGUGGCCUCACGCACUGCGUCAGCAUCCCAUGCAGAUGAUGAUGCCGCUCAGGCUCAGCAAUCACAAGCCAGUCGUAAGCAGCAGCGCCGUCAAGCUCAGCAACAGGCCGAAGCUCAGGCUCGAGCCGAAGCUGAAGCCCAGGCUCAAGCCCAGGCUCAGGCUCAGGCUCAGGCUCAGGCUCAGGCCCAGGCUCGAGCUCAAGCCGAAGCCCAGGCCCAGGCUGCUCAAGCUCAUGUACAAGCCCAGGCCCAGGCUCAGGCUGAGGCUCAAGCCGAAGCCUUACGCGCUCGAGCUCAAGCUGAAGCACAAGCACGAGCUCAAGCUGAAGCACAAGCACGAGCCCAGGCACAGGCACAGGCCCGCGAACAAGCACGAGCCCAUCUUCGCGCCCAAGAGCAGGCCGACGCACAAGCUCAACCAUCCCUUCACAGCCAAGAACCGCUGUCUCGAUCCGCUCUGCCCUCAUUUGAUGAUCCUCCUGCCUUUCACGAGCGUUUGCCUCCUCUGGGCUCACUGUUCCAUCCCAAGAUGGCUGCAAAUCGCCCCGUCCUGCCUGCCCCCACACAAGCCCGCGAGACUCAAGAUCAAGCCCGCCAACUUCCAUGGGCCGUUAGCGACGGCACUCAGGACCCGUUUGCCCUGCACAUGGACCCCCAUACCGCGGGUCGUAGUGACUGGUCAGCACAAAUGCAAUCGCUCUUUCCCACAGUUUGGUCCAACGCCCCUGUCCCAGCAUCCCGUGCUGCCCCACAACGAACCUCCAUGCCCCCAACUCAUCGACCCCAGCCGCACCAGGUCCUCAGAUUACUCCACAGCAGCAGCAACAACAGCAUCAGCUACAACAACAACAACAACUACAACAGCUACAACAACAACAACAACAGCAACAACAGCUACAACAACAAGGCACUUCGCGCGGGGUUGCACCACCGCCAGGCCUCAAUCUUCCCACAUUUACAGACGGCUUGA